AUGCUUGAAGUUUAUACGCAUAGUACUGCGAGGCCCGCUGGACCUGUAGUGGAUGAAGAAUAUGGCAAUACCGAACGCCUGGCAGAGCUAGGCAAGAGAAUGCUUGACCUUGUCGUCACAUAUCAUUUCUUUUCCGUCAAGCCACACCUGGAUGCGAAUGAAAUUACGGGCAGAAAAGACGAUGCGUUGUCAGACGAAAAUAUCGUGCGAUGGAUUGAGGGGUACGAGAUGAAGAAUAAAAUCCGGGCGUAUCCCCACACUGUUUUGGAAGACCCAAUUGAGCUCCGUACCUUUUUCCACACUUAUAUUGGAGCGUUGUACAUUCGCAAUGGAAUGGCUGAGGUACAAGAAUGGAUAUCUCGCUUAAUAGAUCCCACCCAGGAGCCUGCGUCUAUCCAUAGUCCACCACCACAACAAACACAGGGUCCUGCUCCCCAACCCCCACAGUCCCCGCCGCCCCCGAUCCCGCCCUCUAGCAUGCCUUUUAAUCCGGCAAGUCCACCUCCCAUGGCCCAGACUCCACAGGGUAUCAGUUCCCUCAUUACGCUCCAACUUGUGAAUCAAACGGCAGCUCAGAAAGGGGUUACCGUGACAUAUAGUGCAGAAAGUCAAGGUCCUCCUCAUGCGCCUACUUGGACUGUUCAGUGCUACGUAAAUGGCCAGCUCACGGGAAUGGGGCAGGCCCGUAGCCAGAAAUUAGCGAGGGAAGAAGCCGCCAGACAGACGUGGAAUACCAUGGAGUGGGGUCCUCAGGCAUAG